AUGGAGCAUCUGUCAUGGGUCCGGCCAGCGGCUCGCGCGUCCUCGGAGCGUGUCCCCAGGAGCAGCAGCGUGGGAAGCAGGAUGGGGCUGUUUGGCAGCAAAAAUCAGCUGAUGCCCAGUGAGAAACACACUUCUGGAGGCAACCCAAAAACGAAGGGAAAACCCCCUCCUGCCCCACCCAAGGGGAGACAAGUUAUCAACAGCCCUCAUCUACACCAAGCCUCUGCACAAGAUCACUUGUUUGUGGUUGCACUGUACGAUUUCCCUGCCUCAAGUGACCGUGACCUGGAGCUGGUCAAAGGGGAGAAACUCCAGGUCCUCUCCAAAGAGGGGGACUGGUGGCUGGCAAAGUCCCUCAGCACUGGGAGGAAAGGAUACAUCCCCAGCAACUUCGUGGCACAAGUGGACAGUUUGGAAGAGGAAAAGUGGUAUUUUAGAACUCUGAGCAGAAAAGAUGCUGAAAGGCUGCUGUUGUCUUCUGGGAACAAAGUUGGUUCUUUCCUCGUCAGGGAGAGUGAAACCACCAAAGAUGCCUAUUCCCUGUCUGUGAGGGACAACAACUCUGCUCACGGGGACAUCAUCAAACACUACAGGAUCCGCUCCCUGGAUGGAGGGGGGUACUACAUCUCCCCCAGGAUGACUUUCUCCAGCCUGCCAGAGCUCAUCCAUCAUUACAGCCAGAAAGGGGAUGGGCUGUGCCAGCGCCUCACAGCUCCCUGCACAUCCCUGGUUCCCCAGAGACCCUGGGCCCAGGAUGAGUGGGAGAUCCCUCGGGAGGCCCUGAAGCUUGUGAAGAAGCUGGGCAGUGGGCAGUUUGGGGAAGUGUGGAUGGGCUACUACAAGAACAACAUCAAGGUGGCUGUGAAGACCAUGAAGGAGGGCAGCAUGGAUCCCGAUGCCUUCCUGGCAGAGGCAAACCUGAUGAAGAAGCUGCAGCACAACAAGCUGGUCCGGCUGUAUGCCGUGGUCACCAAGCAGCCCAUCUACAUUGUGACAGAGUACAUGGCCAAUGGGUGUUUGCUGGAUUUCCUGAAGACAGAAGAAGGAAGCCAACUGAAUCUCCCCAAACUCAUUGAUAUCUCUGCUCAGGUGGCAGAGGGCAUGGCCUACAUUGAGCGCAUGAACUUCAUCCACCGGGACCUGAGGGCCGCCAACAUCCUCGUGUCAGAGACGCUCUGCUGCAAAAUCGCCGAUUUCGGCCUGGCCAGGCUCAUCGAGAACGAGUACCUGGCACAGGAAGGUGCCAAAUUUCCCAUCAAAUGGACAGCUCCAGAGGCCAUUAACUAUGGGGUUUUCACCAUCAAAUCUGACGUGUGGUCAUUUGGGAUCCUCCUGACAGAGAUCAUCACCUUCGGCAGGAUCCCUUAUCCAGGAAUGACCAACCCCGAGGUGAUUCGCAACCUGGAGCGGGGUUACCGCAUGCCCUGCCCGGAGUCGUGUCCCGGGGAGCUCUACAGCAUCAUCCUCAAGUGCUGGCGCAGCAACCCCGAGGAGCGCCCCACCUUCGAGUACCUGCAGUCGGUGCUCGAGGAUUUCUACACCUCCACGGAGAAGCAGUACGAGCCCGAGCCGCAGCAAUGAGCAGCCACCGCAGGGACAGCGCUGCACGACAGCCACCAUGCUCCCGGUGGCCCGGGGGCUCGGGUUUCCCUUCCUCCCAUCUGCGCGUGGAGAUGGGGCAUGAGGAGAGACACGAGGGAGGAGGAUGCUGCCGGCUCUGUGGUUGUCGCAAAGACUGAAGAGGUGGCUCUGAGAGGUGGCACAGGGCUGUGCCCACCUGGCAAGCAUCACCUCUGGCACGAAGGACAGAAAA